AUGGCUACUGGACCCGCAUCCCAACCCGUCGUGAACGAGCCGACGGUUCGCCGCGGCCUCAUCCUUACCGCAGGCGAGAUCAAAGUGGAGGUGUUUGAAGAUCAGUUUAACGCGAUUAGCGAGGCGCCGAAGUCCGAGCUCGACGAGAAGAUGGUCAACGCGAGCGUCGUUUGGAUGAAGAGGCAGCUUCGAGCCGAGUACGCGACGACCCAGCAGGUUUUGACGGAGCACGAGCAGGGAGUGCUGGCCCUCAUGGACAUGCGUCUGGACAUGAUCACGAGUUUCGACAAACUGGAGGAGGAGGAAGAGAUCGAGGAUGGUACAUCGAGGCAAGCUCAGCACGGGGUGAGCGGCCCGGGCGGCGAUGCGGAGGGCGAGGGCUCGAGCUCGAGCUCCGGCUCGAGCUCGAGCGAUGAGUCUGUCGAGCACGACGGCGGGGGCGCAGGAGAACAUCCACGUGGGACGCAACGUACGGAGGAGCACGGAGUGGCGCUCGGGGAGCGGGUGGAUGAGCGAGCGAAGCAUAUCCAGCAGCAGGCGACGGGAGACGCCGCGGCUGUCGAGGAGCAGGAGGGCGAAGCGGCUAGGCAGGAGCGUGGUGCAGGAUUGCAGCAGCAGGAGGGCGCGGCGGCUGCGCAGGUGGGUGCGACCGGAGGGCAGCAACAGGAGGGCGUGACGGCUGCGCAAGGGGGUGGGGCAAGAAGGCAGGAGCAGGAGGGCCGGGAUGCUAUGCAUGAGUGUCGUCGAGGAGAUGAGCGACAGGUCGCAGUAACAAGGAGACACCGCACGGCCAGUGGCAGCGGACAGGCAGGCGCGUCGACCGGCCGCCCUUCUACGGUGGGCCAUUUGACGUCGGACAUUGCAUCAGGAGGCCAGGUCGUCGAGCUACGGCAGAAGGUCCGGGAGGUCGAGGCGUCGCAGAAGCAGCUCGUCGCCGACGUCGUUGCGAAGCACAGCGAGCAAGCCGCAGUUUUCAACAGGCUUGCUGCGGAUUUUCGGACGGCCUGGAAAACCAUUUCGGAGUCGUCGAAGAGCACACUAAAGCAGUGCGCCGACGCUGUAAACAGUAUCGCGGAGGAGAUGAAGUUGUUGGAAGGGGCGCGGACGAAGCUCGACGAAAUGAGCGGGAAGAUCAUCGAGGGGGUGGCAGCCGCUAUCACAAAAGCGAGCGAGGACGCCGUCGAGAAGCAGCUCAAACAUGUCGAGGAGCAGCUGGUUGCUUCGGUAGUGAAAGGUAUCGAGAAAGCCGUCAAGGAGGACAUGUUCUACUCCGGCAUCCCACCCAAGACAAUGAAGGAGCUGAAGGAUACUGUGAGGGAAGGCUAUAAAGAAGCUGAAGCUGGGAGAUUGGAAAUCCUCACCGAAGCGAUGGCGAGAGGGUUCCAGCGCUCGGCGGGACCGUCAACGAGGUCGCAUCAGGAGGGUGUGGCAGGGGUUUUCCCCGGGGCUGAGCCUCGAGUUCACGAGCGCUCGGUUCCUCCUUCUUCUUCGGUGGGAGGACAUGUCGGCAGCCCGGUAGCAUCUUCACCGUCGCGUGGCCGUCAUCCCGUCGCCAAGUCCGUCGAGGAUAACGAGGUCAUCGUACUCGACCAAUCGCCCCUCUCAAAGACCUCCGAAGCGGCUCCGAUGCCUCCACCUGAUGCGUUUGCUCCGAUGCGGGACAUGCUGCAGGGCCUCGGGAAAACGAGUGGGAAAGGACUGGUUGCGGGGGAGAAAAGAGCCCUGGGAAAGCGAGGUGCCCCCACCCCGUCCGGCGGCGCUGUGGGGAAAGGGACGGGAGAGACGUGCGCUGGGUUGUUGUCGCAGACAAAUGCAGCAUCGGCCGCGCAGAGCGGGGGUGCUGGCCGUGCUGUCGAGCUUGUGGGAAAUUGGGCGUCUUCCUCUACCCCUCCAGUUGCUCCUGUCGCUGCUCCGGCCAGAGGCGACGUCCGCCUUAGUGAUCCGGGUUCCCCUUCGACGUCGAAGAAGAGGCCAGCUGUGACGAAGUCGGAGAACUGUGCUGCAGAGGCGACAGAGAGCUUUGACAUGGUGGGCCUCGCAAGCCUCCCUGGCCAGGCUCCUGUCGAGAAGACGUCUACCGUCGUUGCUGCUCGACAAGGAAAGUCGAAGGCCAAGGUGAUUGGCUACACCCCACCUCCUCGGCCGGACGACCAAGGCAAGACUAGAGGCUGCCAAGCUCCAUUCAAAGGACCGGGCUUCGGGUCGCGGAAGGGGAAGCCGGUUUCUGAGCAGACCGUUGGCGGGCGGAAGCGGUUCCUGGGCACUUUUGAAACGGAUAAGGACCAGAAGUUUUGCACGGCCGUCUGCUGGCGCGUGUACUUCCCCGACAUAGUGCUUACGGAAUACGAAGGAUUCACGACUUUCCAGUCGCUGAUGGCGACGGCAAAUAAGGAAGUGAGAGCUGGAACCAACUGGGGAAUCGCGUUGUGUGCGGCGAUUGGUAAGGUUGGGACGCUUGGCCUGAAGCACGGGAACCUGAUUUAUCCGGUCCCGAAGGGCAUGCCGGCGACACCGCACAUGAUGGUCAUCGCAGCAACUGUGGCGAGCUUGUGGGCGGCCUGCAGGAAGCUGUCGAGGGAAGAAAUUCAGACAGAUGCCCUAGCUGUCGUAAACACAGCGCACUACGCCCCGGACAUGGCGACAAAGGCUAGUGCGGCAGCCAUGGCCGCGCUAGUGUCCGUCCUUCUCCACGUCGGCAAGACGUUCCCGGCCAAGCAGUGGCCCGAUCAGCUAUAUUCGUCCGCUGUCGUAGGCCUCGGAUCGAAUGACGCCAUCCUGUUGCAGAUGGUGCGCGUGGCAGCACAGGUCUGUACGCAAUGGUGCUGCUGUCGAGCUGCUGCCCAUUUGCUGGAGGACACGGGCUAUGGCAGCCUGGCAAUGCCGGAAGAAAAGAGCAAGGAGAAGCUGGGCGACGAGGAUGCUGCGGAGACAGAAACGGGCGGGCAAGGGGUGUAG